UGGCUCGCGGCUGGUCUUCACUCCGCACUCCUCCGGCGCGGUGACCUGCAGACAAGAUGCCCGGCGAUGCGUUCACGAUCAGGAGCCGCAUCAGGAAUUUGCUGCGCUCCCCGUCGACCAAGCACAAGAAGACCAGCAAAGAGAGCCUCGCCAGCAAGGUGACUUUGGAGAAGGUGCUCGGAAUCACAGCUUCAGGAAACAGUGGUCUGGCUUGUGACCCCCGAUCUGGACUAGUCGCCUAUCCUGCAGGGUGUGUGGUAGUUUUGCUGAACCCCAAAAAGAAGCGACAGCACCACAUUAUUAACACGUCAAGAAAGACCAUCACGGCUCUCUCCUUCUCCCCCGAUGGCAAGCACUUGGUCACAGGAGAGAGCGGUCACCUGCCGGCGGUGAGGCUGUGGGACGUGGCGGAGCGAAGGCAGGUGGCGGAGCUCCAGCAGCACAAAUAUGGCGUCUCCUGCGUGGCGUUCUCCCCCGACGGAAAAUACGUCGUUAGCGUGGGAAACCAGCACGACAUGCUGGUCAACGUCUGGCUGUGGAAGAAAGACGUCGUCAUGGCCGCCAACAAGGUGUCCAACAAGGUGACCGGCGUGUCCUUCUCGGUGGACAGCUCCUACUUUGUCACCGCGGGCAACAGACAUGUCAAAUUCUGGUAUCUGGACCCCAGCAAGGCCAGCAAGGCCGGUGCUCCGCUGCCCCUGCUGGGCCGCUCGGCGCUGCUCGGCGAGCUGCGGAACAACUUCUUCUACGACGUGGCGUGCGGACGGGGAUCCACGUCCGACUCCACCUUCUGCGUCACGUCCUCCGGCCUGCUGUGUGAGUUCAACGGCAAGAGGAUGCUGGACAAGUGGGUGGACCUGCGGACGGGCGUGGCCCAGUCCCUGUCUCUGUCCGAGGACAUGAUCUUCUGCGGCUGCGCCAACGGGACGGUGCGGGCCUUCAGCGCCGCCGACCUUCGCUUCGCCUGCACGCUGCCGCGGCCGCACCUCCUCGGCGCCGACGUUUCGGCCGUCACGGAGGCCAGCCACCUGUUUUCCACCAAGACGGACGGCCGAUACCCAGACGCCAUCGCCGUGACCUAUGACCCCGUCAGCCAGUGGCUCAGCUGCGUGUAUAACGACCACAGCCUGUACGUGUGGGACGUGACAGACGUCAACAGGGUGGGGAAGGUGCACUCGGCCCUCUUCCACGCCGCCUGUGUCGGGGACCUGGAGAUGUUCCCUGACGUUCCCGGGGAAUUUGCCGCCGGUCUGCAGUCGGGCGCAUUCCUCACUUGCUCAUCCGACAACACGGUCAGACUGUGGCGUGCGGACGGUCGGACGCACACGAACAUCCUCAGUCGCGAUCUCCUCAAUAUAAUCUACAUGGACGGAAACACGAGCGCCUUGCAGGAUCCGGACUGUUUGACGAGUCUGAAUGCGGACAAACAAGGAGACGGACAGACGGCGGAGAGCAGGACCGGCAUCAGGACCAUCUGCGUCAGUCCGGACGGCAAACACCUGGCGUCCGGACACCGCAACGGCGUGCUGAGGGUUCAUGACCUCAGGAGCAUGACGGAGAUCCUGAAAGUGGAAUCCCACGAUACCGAGAUCCUCUGUCUCGAAUACAGCAAACCGGAGACAGGUCUGAAGCUGCUGGCCACCGCCGGCAGGGACCGCCUGAUCCACGUGUUGGACGCCGAGCACGACUACCGCCCGCUGCAGACGCUCGACGAGCACUCCUCGUCCAUCACGGCCGUCCGCUUCGCCGCCAAUGACAACAAGGUGAGGAUGAUCAGCUGUGGGGCGGACAAGAGCGUCUACUUUCGCACCGCGCACAAGACUGAGAGAGGAACGGAGUUCAGGCGCUCUCACCACCUGGUGGGGAAGACCACGCUGUGCGACAUGGCCGUCGACCCCACCUGCAAGUACGCCGCCGUCGGCUGCCAGGACCGCUGCAUCAGGAUUUUCAACAUCAGCAGUGGCAAACAGAAGAAACUCUACAAGGGCUCGUUGAGUGAGGACGGCAGUCUGCUCAGGGUUCAGCUUGAUCCGUCCGGUCAAUACGUGGCCACCAGCUGCUCCGAUAAAAACAUCAGCAUCUUUGACUUCUCCACUGGGGAGUGUGUGGCCACGAUGGAUGGACACUCUGAGAUCGUCACUGGGAUAAAGUUCACCAACGACUGCAAGCAUUUGAUUUCCGUGUCGGGGGACAGCUGUAUCUUUGUGUGGCGUCUGGCUCCGGAGCUGACGGCCUGCAUGAGAGAGAAGCUCCGGCGGCAACGCCGAGACCCCGACGCGCCGCUCUGCGAGACCCCCGGCCUCAGGCGAGACGCGUACGGCGACCCGGCGCCGGGCGGCGGCCUGUCGUCCGACAGCGACCGCGAGGAGGACGGAGCGGAGGACGCCGCGGCCGACACUUCCUCCGACGGCAGAGAAGAGGAGGACGCAGCAGGCGGUUCAGAUGAAGGAGCCGACUGGCAGCGGACAAAGGACCCGCCCGACUCCUCCAAACGUCCUCGGAGGCGCUGGUCCCACCGCAUGGUCUCCCUGGAGCUGAUGGUGAAAUCCAUGCUGGACCUGAGGCAGCCGGAGACCUUCGGCCCCAAGAAAAAACCCAACUGCUCCCCCCGUGACCGAGAGAGGCGGAGCACGAUCAGCCUCCACGAGCCCGCGUUGGACGAGAGGGACGAGAGAGACGAGAGGCACCGGCCGCGUGCUGAUUGGCUGUCCUCACGCCCAUCCAAGGGCACCGGGCGGGGCGUGCUGUACCCAGAGGAGGGCGAUGCGAGUGCGCAGGGCGGUGAGUUCACGGCGACGCGGCGGCGAGGGCUCCGCAGCGUGAGCGAGGAGAGCCGCAGCCCGGACAGCGCCUGCUCGCUGGGCUACGACAGCGGGGACUCCGGCCCGGACGUCCUGGACGAUUCUGAAGAUGAAGAGAGGGAGGAAGAGGAGCGGAGGCCAGAAGUGACGAGUAUGGACCAGGCUCUGAGGACGGUGACGGACACCGCCGACGUCGGUCCAGGAGAUUCCCUCACGCAGAACUACGAGACCCCGGAAGAGAGCUGCAGCUCGGCCGAGCAGAGCGGCGUCCCUCGGCUCAGGAUGUCUUCACGCUUCCUGGCCAGAGGACAUAACAACAGGGCCAUGCCUCUUUUUACUAAAGUGCACGGAAAGGAACCAGGAGGCCUCUCGUCAAAGCCCCCUUUGGUGUCAAAGCUGCGGCCCUUGAUGGAGGGAAACCAGAGCGGGAGCACGGAGGUCACGACCCCGGGGUCCCCCGGCAGCACCGAGGGCCCACACAGGCCGGACGCUCCACUCGGUGGUGCCCAGAAGAAGAGGAGGACUUCGGGGGUCCACCUGCGGAGGAUCUCCCACACGCCGUCUAAAGCCACGUGUUUGCAGAAGUCCCAGUCAGCCCAGAACCUGGCCCCAGAACCUCCACGCUCCCCUGCGCCCUCUAGUGGCCGGAGGGAGUUGCGCACCAGGCCUCAGCAGCUCCUCCUGGAUCGCGGCUCCAAUCCUUCCUCCCACUUUUCUUCCCCCUCCACCGGAUCCCCCGAGUCCCCCGACUCGGCCCGGUCCUGGGAGAGCCCCAAACCCAGAGUCCGCUCCUACAUGAACCCCACGGCCAGCUCCGCGGCCAAAAGCAGCCGCUCCACCUCGCUCGGCGACAUCGCCCGGCUGUUCGCCGCCCCGCCUUCCCCGAGGGCCAGGAGGUCGUGCGGGGAGCUCGAGGUUCUCCCCGCCGGCGUCACAUCGGGGUCACCCCUCUCAUCCUCGUGGUGUGCCGUACCGACCGGUCCGUCCCCACCUCCUCCUCCUCCUCCUCCUCCUCCUCACUCAGCCGAGGCCCCAGCCGCCCAGAGCAUCCCUCCCUCCCGCAUCCCGCUUCCCAAACAGCCUCUCGGCCUUCGCCGCGGCCUCUGCGCGGAGGCGGCGCCGAGCUCAAGUUGUGCCGGCGAAGACGACCCGGCGGGGUCUUCUUCUCCUUCUUCUUCUCCUUCUUCUUCUCCCGUCACAGACAACGCACCUGCUCUAGGAAGCAGAGCGCCGGGCCGGCGCCGCUCUUUGGAUCCCUCUUCGCCGAGUUCGCUCCCAGUGAGGCGGAAGAGAGACUCGGUUUCGGAGAGUGCCAGGAAGCCAUCGCAGGCCGCCGUAGCCAGAGAGUGCCCUCUGGUGCCCGAACACACCGGCACAUCCAGCGCCGAUCCACAGACAGCUUUUUCCUCUCUUUCCGAAUAUCUAACAGAAAGAUUGCAGCGGGAUUUGCACACGUCAAUGAUCCCUCUCGAUGAGCUCUCCAUCACCGUGGAAACUUGUCGGCAGGUUGUUGCGGCGCUUCGCAGCAGUUUGAGGAAAACCGCUGCGCUCUACUCCACGUUUCUCCAAAGCGACCGGCCGCUCACCGAAGAUCAGCAAGAGAUGAGGAGCGUCCUGUGCGAGGCCCUGUUCACGGUGAAGGCGGAGCUGGACUCUCUGCCGUGCCCCGACGGGCCCGGAGCGGACCCGGGGGUCAAAGGUCAAGGGGACAAGGCCCUGGCUCUGCUGGAGCAGUACGCCGAGCUGCUGCUGAAGUCUGUGGAGAGGAGACUGGACACCAAGACGUGAGGACGCGUGUAUGAACGCACACGUGGGAGCCUCAGACACACACACACACGCACACACACACACACACACACACACACACUGCAGCACUGUGAAUCGCACACUUGUUAUUUGCACUGAAAUCUUCUGGAACUUUUAUUUAUGGACUGGAUGCAGGUGAGAUGAGGAGAAAAUGAACACUCGGCAUUAUGCACUGACAACAAGUGGAAGUUGCCUUAUUGUUCACGUUGCCACGGCUCUUCUCUGAUUUACAAAAAAAAAAUGAAUGUGAAGAAUCCUAAUAGACGGGAAGGACAAACGAUGCAGUCACACCAAGAGGAAUUUAAAAUAUGCAUCAGAUCCUUGGCAGUAGUAAGGCUCUAAGAAUAUACAUGUUAAAUGUAUCACAUAAGGCUGUUAAAAUCUAAAAGGUUUACGCUCUUGGGUGAUAUGAAUGUGCUCUGCAAUUACAUGUAAAGGGUUCAUCCUCUGGGGAACAGGAACACGCACAUUUCAGGACUAUUUUCAUACAAUUUAAUACUUUUUAAUACAAUUGUGAUCGUGAAACUCGGGUCCACUGAGAACCAUAUUCAACCAUUUUUAAUCUAGCCAUGCUAUGGCUGCUGCUCAUGGGUUGAGAUGAACAUGUGUUUAAGUGGGUGGAUAUAAAUGUAUAUAUUGGGGUAUGAGGUGUUGGAUGUUUUUGUUCACGCUGUGUGUUUCUUAUUUUUGUGCCAAUGGCGUCUCUAAGUGUCCAUCUUUCCUUUAUACGUAUCAUAAAUAGUCUUUUUUUUAAAUGUUACUUCUGAACGUUUGUGCUCGUCUUGUUUUCGACUGGGAUUUUCUAUCUGAAAGAAAAAAGUAUCUUCAAACUGUUGCACUGCUUUUCUUUUUAAAGAAAUAAACAAAGAAAACAUUGAA